GGCUAUAUUAAUCUUUCCACGCCCCUUUCAUUUCUUCAGAGCUCUACUUCUUCAUUUCAGAGCUCUUCCCUUCUCCUCCGCCAUUUUUGUUUUUUUUACAGACCUUCAAUUUCCUCAUCAAUGGCGUCUCCGCCGGACACCAGUAAAACCAUCAAGCUCGAGCGCUACAACAGCUAUCUCCGGAAACUCAACAGCACAAAACUCAUCAACGCCUCAUCUAAGCUUCUAUUCCGUGCUACUCUUCUCGUCGCUUUAAUUCUCGUCUUCAUUUUCACUAUCAAUUACCCGCCGCUGUCUGCCGACAGCGGCGGCGGUGGAAAUCACCUUCAUACUCACCGGAAUUUCAUCUCCUCGGCGUUUUACGGCGGGAGUGGUCAAGGAGGUGCGGCUUGGGAGAAACAAGUCCGGCAUUCCUCCACUCCUCGACGUCCUAAUGGGAUGUCCGUACUUGUUACCGGCGCGGCCGGUUUUGUGGGUUCGCAUUGCUCGAUGGCGUUAAAGAAGCGAGGCGACGGCGUUUUGGGAUUGGAUAAUUUUAAUAAUUAUUACGAUCCGUCGUUGAAACGAGCGCGUCAAUCUCUUCUUCUGAAACAUCAGAUUUUCGUUGUAGAAGGCGACUUAAACGACGCCGCAUUGCUGUCUAAACUGUUCGAUGUGGUCCCGUUUACGCAUAUCCUCCACCUGGCGGCUCAAGCCGGUGUCCGUUACGCUAUGCAAAACCCUCAAUCCUAUAUCAGUUCCAACAUUGCCGGUUUUGUGAACCUUCUAGAAGUCGCUAAAGCCGCCAAUCCACAACCGGCGAUUGUUUGGGCUUCGUCUAGCUCCGUCUACGGCUUAAACACUGAAAAUCCGUUCUCGGAGCUUCACCGGACUGACCAACCGGCGAGUCUCUACGCGGCGACGAAGAAAGCCGGAGAGGAAAUCGCUCAUACGUAUAAUCAUAUUUACGGACUGUCACUCACCGGACUCCGAUUCUUCACCGUUUACGGCCCGUGGGGACGCCCUGACAUGGCCUACUUCUUUUUCACUAAAGACAUCCUCCAAGGGAAACAAAUCGAUAUCUACAAAACUCAUGACGCGAAAGAGGUGGCGCGUGAUUUCACGUACAUCGAUGAUAUUGUAAAAGGCUGUUUGGGAGCGCUUGACACGGCGGAGAAGUCUACCGGCAGCGGCGGAAAGAAGAAAGCUCCGGCGCAGUUGAGGAUCUAUAAUUUGGGGAAUACGUCGCCGGUGCCGGUUGGGAAAUUAGUGUCGGUGCUUGAGAAUCUGUUGAAUACCAAAGCUAAAAAGCAUAUAAUUACCAUGCCACGAAACGGCGACGUUCCGUUUACUCACGCGAAUGUUAGUUUGGCGUUGAGGGAUUUCGGGUAUAAGCCAUCCACGGAUCUACCCACGGGGCUCCGAAAGUUCGUGAAAUGGUACGUUGGGUAUUAUGGAAUCCAGUCGAGGGUAAAAAAGGAAAUGGAAAAAAAUAGUAAUCAGUUGCCCGAGGAAUCCGCUUGAUUUUUUUUUUUUGAACUGUCGUCGUCAUCGUCACAUGGCCUUCGUCGACUUGUCGUUUCCUCUUUUUCUUUUUUUUUUUCUUACUUUUAUUAUUAUUAUUAUUAUCAUCAUUAUCGUGGUUUCGGCUGUAGAGGAUCGAAGGGAUCCACAGCUGUUGUUCAUGUUGUAGAAAAAAAAAAUAGAUAUUAAGUUAUAUUGGAAAAAUAAUAUUUUGUAAUUUAAUACGAAAAAAAAGGGGAAGAGAGAGAGAGAAGUUGUGGGGUCCACUGGAAUGGGUGUGGAUCUCAGCCGUUCGAUUUCUUGUAAUCACAGAUCAGAAAUGAUGACAUCAAAAUUUCCAUUUUCCAUCAA